AUGGCGGAUGAUGACUCGUCUUUUGCCUCCACGACCUCGCUGGAGCUGAUGCACGAGGAUGUCGAGGGACAGGAGCGUGCCAGAUUCGGCGGCCAGGACUCCGCCGCCCAAUCCCCAAGCCGGGCCAGCGGCAUGGCGAAUGAGAGCAAGACCAGCAUCAGGAAGCUGGGUGCUGCUGCAGUGUUGGUGACUGCUCUUGCCAGCGUCUUGGUCACCGUGGACACCACAGCAUCCACCCCGCGCGUGUCAAGCUCGCGCUUGGAAUCGCAGACGAUCCCUUUGGCUGCGCCUCCACGAGAUUUGCAGGUGGUCAUUCGCCGCUUCAUGAUUUGGCAGUCGGCGCAGAACACCGGGGAUCGGCUCACCAGGAAAUGGGAUGGGGAGCUGCAGGAGGAUUUCCCGUUCUCAGGCCCCACGGUGGAAAUCUCCAACGAGGCUGGGCAAAUCAUCGAGGGCUUUGGCGGUGCCUUCACCGAAGCUGCUGCCAUGAUCUUUAGGAAGCUCUCGCCAGACCAGAAGUCUCGAUUCUUGGAGGACUACUUCCAUCUUGAUGGCCUGGGUUACGUGCUGGGUCGCACUCACAUCAACAGCUGUGAUUUUUCCAUCGGCAGCUAUUCCUUUGACGAUACGGACGGCGACGUCGAGCUCAAGAAAUUCGACACCGACCUGACCCGUGACAAGGAGAAUUUGAUUCCCCUCAUUUGGGCAGCUCAGUACAUGGUGAGGGCGCAGGGGCGAGAGCUGAAAAUGCUGGCCUCUCCCUGGAGCCCUCCAGCCUGGAUGAAGAACCAGACCUGGAACCCGGCCGCGCCAACCAUGGACCACUCGGGCUCGCCAUGCCUCAAGGAGGGCAUGGAAAGCGUGUGGGCCAAGUAUAUGGCAAAGUGGGUGGCGUCUUACAAGGCACAUGGGAUCCCCAUAUGGGCCAUGACGGUGCAAAAUGAGCCGGAGAACAACGCAUCAUGGGAAGCAUGUCUCUUCACAGCAGAUGAGGAGGCAGACUUCGUUGCGAAGCAUUUGGGUCCUGUGAUGCGAAAUGAGCAUCCCGAAGUUCAGAUCUACGCCUUUGACCACAACAAAGACCACGUCUACGAGUACGCCACAAAAGUUCUCAACAACAAGGAUGAUGCGAGUCAGUACCUCACCGGCAUCGCUUAUCAUUGGUAUUCGGGAGAUGGUUGGGACAAUCUGCAGAAGCUCCAGGACGAGCUCCAGCACACCGGCUUCAAGCUCCUGGGAAGCGAAGCCACCUGGGAGGCAUACCGCUGGAAAAAGGGCACCACCUUGGCCAAAGGCGACUGGUCCUUCGGGGAGGGCUAUGCCCAUGAUAUCAUCGGCGACCUGAACCGGGGCGCUGUUGGCUGGUUGGACUGGAACCUGAUCUUGGACGAGAAAGGGGGCCCCAACCACGUGAACAACGUGUGCGAUGCCGCCAUGCAGGUGAACUUUACCACCAAAGAAGUGUACCGACACCCGCAGUUCUACUACAUUGGCCACUUCUCCAAGUUCUUCCUACCGGGAUCUGUGCAUCUCGGGACGACGGUGCACAACAGCGGAGCUAAACCAGUGGGCCAACGCCCGUACGGCGUCUGCACUGCCGACGACGGCAUCGAGGCGACCGCCGUGCGCAGGCCGAACGGCCAGGCCGGGCAGGUGGUCUUGAAUUGCGGCGACGUGCAGAAGGAGUUCAAGCUCAAGUACACCAGCCUCGCUGCGAAGCUUGUCAUUCCAGCCCACGGCGUGCAGACCUUUUUGUUCCAGGAGAUUAUGAGCAUUUGA